GUUUACUCUUUUCUAUGAGAAAUAGAAAUUUGUACUUUCGCUGAUUAAUAUAUACAUUUGAUGAUAUAUAUAUAUAUAUACUAAUUUUCUGUGAGCACUAGAAAUUUCGAUAGCAAUUAGUCAUCAAAUAAGGGAAAAGCACAAUAUAAACAAUACGCCAUUGAAUCCUUAAUAAUAGAUAUAUCUUACCCAAAGCAAAAUUUCACUGUUAUCAGUUGGAAGUAGAGACAUCUGUGAAUAUAACUAUUACUAAUUGCUCUCCUAACAUUAUUUGUUCAAAUGUCAACAAAAUUUCAAUACAAUAUUGAACAAGAAAGUCAAGAUAUCAUAUCUAGGAAGAAUACACCAGAAAAUAUGACUUCUAAUACAGCAUCCAUUUCAACCUCCUCAUCAUCUUCAACAUCAUCUUCACCACAACCACCAUUAUCAUUAUCUAAACAUGAAGAAGUUAAAAGUACUGAAGAGAAUUUAAAAUCAUGUGUUGCAAAUAAACAACAAACAGUUCGACAUUCUUUAACCAAUACUAAUCGAACUCCAGUAUACUAUUUAAGUCGAGGAAAUAAUUCACAACUGUAAAUCAUAUUCCUAACUGUGGAUUGUUAACAAACAAGCUUGGUUUAUUGCUUAGUCUUCGUGAUUAUGAAAGACGUUAUCAAAACAGGUAUGGUAGACUUCCUAUUAUGGUGAUGGAUGACUUUUUUCCCACAACAUUCAUUGUUGAUGAUCCUAAGGAACGUGAAGCUUAUUUAAAAAUACAUCAAAGUGAUGUAUCAAGUUUGUGGAUUUGCAAACCAAUCGGUCAAAAUCAAGGUAAAGGUAUAUUUUUAGUCAGGGAUAUUGAAGCGUUCAAAGUUCAGUUACAAAAGAGAGAUGAAGAAGCACGUAAUCAACCAUCUGGACUACCACCAAGAAUAAUUCAAAGAUAUAUCAUCAAUCCAUUACUUCUGGAUGGUUGUAAAUUUGAUAUUCGAUGUUAUAUUCUUAUAGCAUGUACAAUGCCUUAUUUGGUAUUUUAUCAUCCUGGUUAUAUUCGACGUUCAGCUAAACCAUAUUCAAGUGAUGAUCCAAACCUUGUUACACAUCUCACUAAUCAGUUUGUUCAGAAAAAGGAUCCAGGUUAUUCUGAAAUUAAAAACAAUACAGUCUGGAGUUGGACACAAGUUAAUGACUAUAUUAAUCAACAUUAUCAAGAAGAAAAGAAGUUACCUGUUGAUUGGGCGAAAACAAUUCUUCAGUGGAAAAUUCAAAGAAUUAUUCAUCAUAUUUUCACUACGGUAAAAAAUCGUUUAGCUGCAAGAGUUGGAUUAUUUGAACUACUUGGUCUAGACUUUAUGUUGGAUGAAAAUAUGAAGGUUUGGUUACUUGAAGUAAAUUCCAAUCCAGCAUUACAAACCCACUGUGAUGUCUUAAAAGAAGUUGUACCAGUUGUUGUGAAAGAUGCUUUACAUAUAAGCAUCGAAUGUUUUGAGAAAAGUCGUCAUCAAAAGUGUUUACUUCCUCUUCAUGGACUUGAAGAUUCAUCAGCCUUCAUUUUUUGUCAAAGAAGCAACAGAUAUGCAAGAUUUAGUUGGGAUGAUACUCCGGUUAUUAACAAAACCAAUGGUGAUUUAGGUUUACCACGUGGUUGGAAUUUACUUUAUAGUGAAUCACAAGCUGCUUUCCGUGCACGCUGGCCAACUGUCCAGUCUUGUAGUCUUCGUAGCUGGAUUCCACCAAGAUAUAAACCAGCAUUAAAUCAGGUCAACUUUGAGAUGAACGAACAAAAUAAAGAAAGUCAUACAUUAUCUCAAACAAUGAAGUCUACUGGUGUAACAGAUGAAAAUUUAAAGAACGCAACAACAGUGUUGAAUGAAAAUGAGGUUAAUUAUACGUCUAAUGAACGAAACAGUCUACAAAACAGUAAUACCAGACAAUUAUUUUAUCCGCGUACAUCUCUACCAGAAUAUAGAACAUUUGAGUACAGUUUGAGACGUUAUCCAGUCAUACCUAAUUCAAUGAAAAAUGUUAGAUUACCCAGACGAAGGAUUAUUGCCAGUCAAUCAUUUAAAAGUUCCAAUGAAAAUACGAAUGUUCAAGAUGUAUUAAAAACGCUUGCUGAAACUGAAUCUCUUAUCACAGUAGGUAAACCUAAUAAUCACAUCAUCACUUUUGAUGAUAAUAAUAACAGCAGUAAUAGCACCAGAACCAAUAAUAAUCGUCAAAUAUUAACUUAUCAGAGUAGAAGGAAAGAACGAUCCUUGUCGAAUACAAAUAGUCUUAACUCCAAACAUGAAUCAGAUGUUCUUAGUGAAGACGAGAUCUUAACUGGAAAGUCAAUUAAAAAAACCAAACUAAAGAUAUUAUCCAUACACAGAGAACCUAUUCACAUGGGUACAGUUCAUUUAGUUACAAAAGCCGACAUUGAUAAAGCAUUCAACGAUACUAAUAGCAAUAACAAGUCAAGCGACAUCAGUAAUAAUAAUACUGAAGUUGCUCCACUGAGUAUAAAUACAAAACGAGGAAGUCAGUUAACAAGAACUAACCAUUCAUCGGCUGGUGGUGCAUAUAGUUGUAAUAAUAUUCAGAGUAAAUUUACUGAUAAACGUCAUAAUAACUCAAAGAAGCUAAAUUUUAUUGAGUCUAGGAGUUCACUUCCAUAUGUUUAUGGAAAUAAAGGUUUAGAGAAGAAUAUAAGAAGUCGCAUUAUUCAUCAGAAGACAGAGGAAGUUAACAGACUAACUAUUAUUGAAUAUAAAUAACCAUGACAUUUAAAGAGGAUAGUUAUAUUCAUAUUGAUUUUAAUGUGAUUUAAAGCGCAAGUUCUAUUUCCUAUUAACUGCUUUUUAUUCCGCUUCACAAUAGAUUGUACAUUUUUAAUACUCCAUGUGUGUGUCGUCCAGUGUCUGUCUAGGAUUUUAUUCACCUUUGUUUUAUUUCAUAUGGUUUGAAAUAUUGUUACAUAAGAAAUAGUUAUAUGCGUAUUACGCAAUUUUGUCGAUUCUCAGCGAUUCGAUUUCAAAAAUGUGAUAUUUAUGAUACAUUUGCUUUAUUUCAUACACAAUAUGUACAUAUUAGAAAAAAUUUUUUCUGUUAAUAUUCCUAGUCAAUUUUAUUGUAUAAAUAUCAUAGAACUUUCAUUUAUUUUUCUCUAGUUUUUGAUUUUCCUCUCAUGAAUAAAUAACAAUUGUUAUUGUCAUCAGUAUCGUUUUUAUACGCUGAUGAUGUAUUUGCAAGAUUUGUUCACUAAGUAUAUUAUAUUGCUUUGUGUUCUACUUAUGAGACAUGCUUAUACACCAUUGACAUCAUGUGAAUAAUUCACGGGUGAAAUCAAUCAUUAGUAAUAGCUAUCUAGGCUUGCCAACUUGUAUGCAUUUUCGCCUACAAUUGUAACUUCUGUUUAUUGGCCUAUACUUCUCCUUGUUCUUUCCUCUGUGUUUACAGAUAUUUUAACAAUCUCGUUA